AUGGAUCCCAAUUACGCCUUAUCGCAUGCAAACAAUCUCCUCGCACGCGCGGAAAGCGAAGGCCGUCCGCCGGUUUACAAGGCUGUUGGUAUUUCGUUAGCUGUCGCAUCGGGCGUCUUUAUCGGUAUCUCAUUUGUUAUUAAGAAAAUCGGGCUGCUGAAAGCGAACGUGAAGUACAAUGAGGAGGCCGGCGAGGGAUAUGGAUAUCUAAAGAAUUUCUGGUGGUGGACUGGUAUGACGCUGAUGAUUGUUGGAGAGAUCUGCAAUUUUGUGGCGUAUGCAUUCGUCGAUGCGAUCUUGGUUACGCCGCUCGGUGCGCUCUCGGUUGUGAUUACGACGGUUCUGUCGGCGAUUUUUCUCAAGGAACGGCUUAGUUUCGUGGGGAAGGUUGGCUGUUUCUGUUGUAUUAUCGGAUCGGUGACUAUUGCUAUGAAUGCGCCUGAGCAGUCGUCUGUCAAGGAUAUUCAAAGCAUGCAGCAUUUUGUUAUCCAGCCUGGGUUUCUGGUCUAUGCUGGGGUGAUCAUUAUUGGAGCUGCUUUCACAGCUCUUUGGGUUGGUCCACGAUAUGGAAAGUCGAACAUGUUUGUUUACAUCAGUAUUUGCAGCAUGGUUGGUGGAUUGAGUGUCGUGGCUACUCAGGGCUUGGGGUCUGCUAUUCUCGCUCAGAUUAAUGGCGAGGAACAGUUCAAGCAUUGGUUCCUCUACGUUUUGUUUGUGUUUGUUAUCGGGACACUGCUGACCGAGAUUAUCUAUCUUAAUAAAGCGCUAAAUCUGUUCAAUGCCGCUCUAGUCACUCCGACUUACUACGUGAUGUUCACUAGCGCCACCAUUAUUACUUCCGCCAUUCUGUUCCAGGGCUUCAAGGGCACAGGAAUCCAGAUUGCAACUGUGAUCAUUGGGUUCUUCCAAAUCUGUGCCGGUGUGGUAUUGCUGCAGCUAUCCAAGUCCGCCAAGGAUGUCCCCGACGCCGCUAUUUUCAAAGGCGAUCUGGAUCAGAUUCGGGAAGUUGCCGCGGUAGAAGAGCCCGAGUCUGAGCCCAAGGCAGACUCCAUUCGAGGUGCGGCCUCUAUCAUCCGUCGCAUUUCAACUGCUCGCCGCACUAUGGAAUCAGAUGAAGCCCGCCGUUUCUUCCAUGAUAAGCAUGAGGAUACCCUGAAGGUGCCAGGCGAGAAUGAGAUAAUUGAAUGGGAUGGCCUGCGCCGGCGGAAGACCGUCAUUGGCGAGGGACCAACUAUGUCACGACCAAUCACUCCACGGACACCCUCGGUCAAACAACAACAUCCACCGUGGGGCAUGUCCCGGUUGCCCACUGAUGAGCAUGAGGAGGAUCACCGACCUAAUACCAAGCAAAGCGGUCAUUCUUUCAUGGAUAACAUCCGAUCCCGAGCUAGCAGCGUGCUUCAUCCUUCCCAGUGGAAGGCCAUAAAUACAGAAGAAGAGAGAAAUACCGACGCCAACACACAAUCGAUGGGAAUGGCAGACAUGGCCCACCAAAGUGGCAAUGCUGACACUGGAUACCAUGGUGCCGGUAUGACAGGAGGUUUGGAGGCUCCUCUCCACCCAAACAGUCCGCGUAGUGAUACGCCGCGGUCUAUAUCAUGGGCAGACGAAAAGCCCGAAUCUCUGGCACCCGAACCUCUCCCCAACACUACCCGCCGCCAGUUCUCUUUCAAUAACAUGAUGGGUCGUACAAAGGCCGACAGUGUAUCUUCCGUCAAACCCACACCAGGCUCGCCGACUCGUGGCAUCCUACGCCGAUCACAUCUGGCAGCCGAUCUGCGCAAAUCUGCAACCGAGGAAGAAUCACUCGGUCUCGUCCACGGUGACUCACACCAUCCACGACCAGAAGAAGAACCUCUGAAUGAAAAGCUAGACCGCUGGUCAAGUGCCGAGUCAGAACUUGGCGAGCCCCAGCCCGUGUUUGCAGGCCGUUCACACGGCAAUUCUGUGUCCAGCAUUUCCGUCGCCGCAUUCCCCGCCUACGAAGAUAACCACCACGACUACUCUGACUCCAAUAACCCCUACUAUCUCCCACCCAACCGACAAACCACCUCAUCCCCAGAACCCCUCUCCCACGAAGAAGAGAGCUGGAAGCACCCUUCAUUGAGGGGGGGCGGCAGCAGAACCCGCACACGAACAAACUCUUCUAUCCAUCCCCAUUCUCGCGCCCCGCCUCCCGCCCAAUCCUCCUUCUCUACGCAUCGCCAUCCAAAUCCUCUCCCUCCACUCCCUGAUACUAUCACGCCCACCACCACACUCGAUCUCGUGCCCACCGCAACCAAUGCAUCGGGCUUGAGAUCAGUAUCUUCGGAAUCUGAUUUGGUAACGACCCUCUCUAGCGAGACAGAAGGCCAGAACGACCCCCCGCCUGCCUACCCGACUCGCCAACAGAGCGGCUGGCGUCGGCAUCUGUCUGACAACAGUAGCCAUGAUGGCGAGACGUAUGCCGCGCGCGGAGGUAGAGGAAGUUCAUUCAGGUGA